AUGCCCGAGGGCGUACUCGUGGACGCCCGCGAGCGCAUGGAGGGGCGCCCGGGCGCGCCUGCGAAAUCCUGGCGGGCGCCCAAUGGACGGGCCCAAAGUAUCCUACUGGCUCAUCGGCGCGGGCACCGCGAGCCCAAGAGUCACCCAGGCGCGGGCCUCCGAGGCAAGCCCGACGGCGACGGCACGGGCCCCGACCGCGAGCGCAGGGGCCACCCAUGCACGGGCCUGCGCGGCAAGCUCGACGGCGAGGGCACGGCCUCUGAACGCGAGCCCAGGGGCCACCCGAGCACGUGCUUGCGCGGCGAGCUCGGCGGCGAACGCACGGGUCCCGACCGCGAGACCACGGGCCGCCCAGACACGGGCUUGCGGGGCAUGUUCGGCGGCGACCCGACCGCGAGCCCACGGGCCACCCAGGCAGCCACCCAGGCACUGGCCUGCGAGGCGAGUUCGGCGGCGAGGGCACGGGCCCCGAUCGUGAGCACUGGCGAGGGCACGGGGCGCGACCGCCCUCCCUUCCCAGCCCUCGCCUCCGCGCGCAGUGCGGCGGGGCGCGUGCCUUGGUCUGGCACCGGUGCCUCCCCAUCGUACGACCAGCGCGUGAACGCCGACAAGCUACGGCAGGACCAGGCACGGGAUGAGAACAAGGACAUUGGGAGCGAGGCGAAGAACAAGGAGGAGGAGUGGGAAGCAGGAUCACUGCGGCAGGAGGAGCAGCAGCAGGAGAAGGGCGAGGACAGGGACGAGGGGCCCAGACAGGAUGAGAAGCAGGAGUGUGGGAAGGGGGGGCAGAGGCACGCGCAGUACGAGGCGAACAGGCCAGAGAUGGAGAAGGGCCUCGAGGGCGUGAAGACGGCCCUGAAAAUUCUGCGCGAGUACUACGCCAAGGACGCAGCGCACGAUGCCGCGGAGGGUGCCAGCGCCGGCGUCAUCUCGCUCUUGGAAGUCGUGGAGUCCGAUUUCUCCAAGCUGUUGGCGGAGAUGACUGCGACCGAGACCACUUCGCAGGCAGAUUAUGAUCGUGAGACCAGGGAAAGCCAGCUGCUGAAGACCACGAAAGACCAGGACGUUGCCUACAAGACCAAGGAGCACAAGCAGCUCGACAAGAACCUGGCCGAAGACACUGCUGAGAGGUCCAGCGUGCAGACCGAGCUGUCUGCCAUCAUGGACUACAAGGCCAAGAUUCAGGAGAUGUGCGUCGCAAAGGCCGAGCCCUACGCCGAGUCCAAGCGGAGGCGAGAGGAGGAGAUCAGCGGGCUCAAGGAGGCGCUCCAGAUCCUCGAGGGAGAGUCGGUGCUCAUCCAGCGUCGCCUGCGCGGCUUCAAAAGGCGCCAGGGCAUCGUCACCAGCAAGAUCGCGCUUACGCUUUGAGAGCUUGGCCUUCGCGUGCACGCUGCAUUUGUAGUUCUGGUCGCCAGCGUCCCGUGGGGGCCCGUGCGGGCGGAGCAACAAGGUUAAUGGACGAUUGCGUUUUCGACGGAUGAGAUUGACCCC